AUGAUGAUGUUAGAGUCAAGAAGCAAUAUGAGAGGUUUAAAGUCAGUCCCAGAUCUGUCUCUUCAGAUCAGCCUUCCUAACUCUCACGCCCUGAAACCUCUACACGGCGGUGACCGAAGCUCAACCACAAGCAGUGAUUCCGGAAGCAGUCUCAGUGAGUUGAGCCAUGAGAACAACUUUUUCAACAAACCUCUCUUGAGCUUAGGUUUUGAUCAUCAUCGUCGUCAACAAAGGCACUCACACAUGUUCCAACCACAAAUCUACGGUCGAGAUUUCAAGAGAAGCUCAUCAUCAAUGGUUUGUCUUAAGCGAAGCAUUCGAGCUCCAAGAAUGAGAUGGACUUCUACUCUCCAUGCUCACUUUGUCCAUGCCGUUCAACUCCUUGGCGGCCAUGAAAGAGCAACGCCUAAAUCAGUGUUGGAGCUAAUGAAUGUGAAGGAUCUAACCCUAGCUCAUGUCAAGAGUCACUUGCAGAUGUAUAGAACAGUGAAAUGCACUGAUAAAGGAUCAUCAGGAGCAGGAAAGGUGGAGAAAGAGGCAGACCAGAGGAUAGAGGACAAUAAUAAUAAUAAUGAAGAAGGAACUGACACAAAUUCGCCAAACUCAUUAUCUGCGCAAAAGACCGAAAGAGCUUCUUGUUCAUCCACAAAGGGAGUAUCUAUGAGCAUAUCUACACAAGCAGAUCCUCACUUGGGAGCAACUCGUCAUACCAAGGAUGAUGGGGAGAAAAAGGACAUCAACGCUCAUCUCAAUUUGGAAUUCACAUUGGGCCGGCCAAGUUGGGGAAUAGUGGACUAUGCGGAACCCUCCAGAGAUCUAACCCUUCUUAAAUGCUAAUCGUUUAUCUAGGAGAACUACAAGAAAUA